CCCAUCCCAAUGCUUACGAAGCAAUUCAUCUUCCCAAUUGCAAUUUAUCCAUUUCUUGAACCAAUGCGACGUGUAGAUCAAUCGUUAGAUGCAUUUGCAUUGUAGAAGUUAUUAGUUCACCGUACAAAUCCCACCCAAAAUGCCCUUGGGGCGGCAACCUUCAUCACGUCCGACCUCUCGGCCUGUGAAUAUCAAUAACACGCCGCUGCCACCUAGGAUUUUCAAUAUCCCCCAACCAAUACAGAAUCCCCAUCAUGAGAUAAAAGAGGAGGAAACCAGUAGUCAUAAUUUCAACAAUGAAAACCCCCUACCAAACAACCCGAACAACUCCCAGGCCACAACACCCACCAUGACCCCCAUUACACGCAAAACCAUGCGCAACCGCGCACCACGAGAAAUCAUCGAAUACGCCGAAGGCGACAUUGACCUCACCCACCUCAACGACCCUACCAACGGACUAUUACGGGACCACGCACCGCCACCGCAAGCCAACUACGCCACGAUAGAAGAAGCCCAGAUCUCUCUCCGCAACUGGGCGCGCACCCACGGCGUCGUGUACACCAUCUUCAAGACGUGGUGGCGACCGCACGAGACGGGGCGGCGGCCCUACCGCCUCACGUACGGCUGCAACCGCGGCCGCAAGCGCUCCGCACGCGGCAACAGCAUCAGGAAGUCGACGUCCGGCGCCCGCUGCGAGUGCCCGAUGAAGUUCCAGUUGCGCGCGGAGGAUAUCACGGAUCCGGCGAAUAGCAGGUGGAUCGUCGAGCACCUCGACAACCGCGCGUCGGUCGUGCAUAAUCACCCGCCGGAGAAGGAUCCCUACCAGCACGUGACGUAUAGGAAGGAGCAGCUCACGCCGGAGGUGUCGAGUGUGUUGCUGGAGGAGUAUGCGAAGGGGGGUGCGGUAGGGGCGCUGAAGAGGCUGAAAGAGAGGUUCGGGGAUAUCAGGUUGAAGCCGAAAGAUGUGUACAAUCAUUGGGAGCAGCAUCAGCGGACGAGGAAGGAGCGGGAGGCAGAGGGAGAGACGGUGGUAGAUGAGGGGUUAGCAGCGGACGAGGGGGAACAAUUUUGGUGGUAGGAGUUUGCAUGGUGUUGAUUGAAUGAGUAUGGAGCUGGUGCUCGUCAGUCUUCCGACUGAAUGGAAUGGAUCGUGAGGUGGAAGAUCACCAAGUAGAUACUUGAACGAAAGUCAUUGCGUAUAUCCAAUCAUACUGUAAGAAUAAGGUAUUAAAGUAGAUGCUGUCAAAAAGAGACAGUGAACCACACACGAUCCAAAUGAAGGCAU